AAUCGGAAACAGGCUCCAGGCUCUGAGCCAUCAGCCCAGAGCCCGACGCGGGGCUCGAACUCACGGACCGUGAGAUCGUGACCUGGCUGAAGUCGGACGCUUAACCGACUGCGCCACCCAGGCGCCCCAUCUUCCGGCUUUUUAAACUGCAAGAGGCAGCGUUCAUCCGGAUCAAACGCGGCGCGCUAGUGACGCAACGCUGCGCCGGAAGCGCGAGCCGUAGGCUGCUGGGUUCCGUUAUGGCGGCUGCUGGGGCACGCUGGAACCAUGUGUGGUUGGGCACCGAGACCGGGAUCCUGAAAGGGGUGAACCUUCAGCGCAAACAGGCGGCGAACUUCACGGCGGCAGGACAGCCGCGGCGCGAGGAGGCGGUGAGCGCCCUGUGCUGGGGCGCGGGCGGCGAGACUCAGAUCCUGAUGGGUUGCGCCGACAAAACAGUGAGGUACUUCAGCACCGAGGAGGGCAGAUUCCAGGGCCACAAGCACUGCCCCGGCGGGGAGGGCACGUUCCGAGGCCUCGCCCAGGUCGACGGCACCCUCAUCACAUGUGUGGAUUCUGGGAUUGUCCGGGUCUGGCGUAACAAUGACAAGGAAGCAUCCUCUGACCCACUCCUGGAGCUGAGUGUGGGUCCUGGGGUGUGCAGGAUGCGCCAAGACCCAGCACGCCCGCACGUGGUUGCCACGGGUGGGAAAGAGAAUGCUUUGAAGGUGUGGGACCUACAGGGGUCGGAGGAGCCUGUGUUCAGGGCCAAGAAUGUACGGAACGACUGGCUCGACCUGCGGGUUCCCAUCUGGGAUCAAGAUAUACAGUUCCUUCCUGAAUCUCAGAAGCUUGUCACCUGCACAGGGUACCAUCAGGUCCGUGUCUACGAUCCAGCCUCUCCCCAGCGUCGGCCAGUCCUAGAGGCCACCUAUGGAGAGUAUCCACUUACGGCCAUGACCCUCACUCCCGGGGGCAAUUCAGUGAUCGUGGGCAACACUCAUGGGCAGCUGGCAGAAAUUGACCUUCGGCAAGGGCGCCUACUGGGCUGUCUGAAGGGGCUGGCAGGCAGUGUCCGAGGAUUACAGUGCCACCCUUCAAAGCCCCUACUAGCCUCCUGUGGCUUGGACAGAGUCUUGAGGGUGCACAGGAUCCGGAAUCCACGGGGUCUAGAGCAUAAGGUUUAUCUCAAGUCUCAACUGAACUGCCUCCUCCUGUCAGGCAGGGAUGACUGGGAGGAUCAGCCCCAAGAGCCUCAAGAGCCCAAAAAGGCGGCCCUACAAGACACAGAGACAGAUGAACUUUGGGCCUCCUUGGAGGCAGCCGCCAAGCGGAAGCUCCCUGAUUUGGAGCAGACCCAAGGGGCUCUCCAAACCAGACGGAGAAAAAAGCAGCGGCCUGGAUCCACCAGCACCUGAAGAGCCUGUGCUCACUUUGUAAAUAAACAGUUUAACACCCA